UCUCGCGAGAGUUGGCCGUUGUUUUGUUGUGGCUGUUGUGGGGAGAAGGGGAGGCCGUGAGGUCAUUAGGCAGUGACGGUUGCAGCCUCGAGCCCGUCCUUGGGAGGGGAGGGGGUGUUUGAAUCGUAUCGAGACUAACGGCUCUGGGAUGUGCGCGGACUGCGUUCAGAAGGAGUAUCCCGAGCGGGGUAACACUUGCUUGGAGAAUGGAUCUUUUCUGUUAAAUUAUGUGGGUUGUGCUGAGUGCAGUAAAAGAGACUUUGUCCUCAUUAUGAAUCGAACCCAGGAUGAUGACGACGGAGAAGAAAUUGUUACAUAUGACCAUGUCUGUCAAAAUUGCCACCAUAUUAUAGCACAACAUGAGUACACAUUCACUGUUGUUGAUGAUUACCAGGAGUACACCAUGUUGUGUAUGCUGUGCGGAAGAGCAGAAGACUCCAUCAGUAUAUUGCCUGAUGAUCCUCGGCAGAUGGCUCCUCUUUUCUGAAAGCUCUGUUUCUGCACAAUGCACAACAGACACUUUAGGGAGCACAAUAUGGCAAUUCUAGCUGGAGAUUGGAUUUUUUGUUGCAAUUCUCAACUGCGACCAGAUUUUAAAUAAAAACAGCUUUUUUUUUAAUCAAUCACCAAAGGAGAUCCAUAAAUAUACUACCCUUUCCAAAAUGAAUAUUGAUACGCUUUUAUUCUUAUGAAUGCUGCCAAAACCAGCACUGACCUGUACCCCUUGACUCUUGUAGAUUUCAAAUGUAUAAUGUUAGUGAUCUUUCGAGUUGAAGCAAUUGAGUGCUGUCUGAGCGACAUAAGGUGCUUUGCUUCAAUUCCAUUUACAAAGAGUGAUGCAAAACACAUCUCUGGCACAUUAAUAUUUUCUUUGUUUCUUGGGAAGACUGAACAUCUUGUUUUUGACUCCGCCUCUAACAGAUCUGCAGGACAAAAUUCUUCUUGGCCUGAAUUGUCCAUUCAGCACAAUACAAGACCAGUAAAAAUGUUAGGCAUCCGAUCAACUGAUUUUGACAUAAGAACAUAGGAGGUAGGUCCAGGAGUAGACAAUUCAGUUCUUUGAGCCUGCUUCACCAUUUAAAACGAUUGUGCCUGAUUUCAUCUUGUUCUCAAGUCACUUUCCUGACCACAUUCCAUGACCCUUCAACCAGUACUCAUUGAAAAUCAGUCUCACUGAACUGCAUCCCAUCACUUCAUACAACUACAUCUCUACUUUUAUGUUAUAUUCCUUUAGCAAUGAAUGCCAAAAAUCAUUUUCCUUCCUAUAUUGCAUGCUUUUUCACACACAAGGGCACCCAGAUGCUUCUGCACCAAGCACUCUUAAAGUUUCUCUCCAUUUAGAUCAUAAGUUCCCUUUCUAUUCUUCUGACCAAAAUGUGUACUUCACAUUUAUCCAUGUUUAAAUGCCGUCUGCCAAAAUUUUGGCCCAUUCGCCUAACCUAUCCAUAUACAUUUAUAAAUUUCUUAUUUCUUCUUCAUAACAUGAAUGGAGAAGCCCACUUUGGUGAUCAACCAAAUCAAUUUAGAGCACUUUAAAAUUCAACCGUGGUGAUGCAGUGUUUGCUCGAGGCAUUGUGAAUUCCCGUUUGGAUUAAAGUAAAAACAUGUUUUAUCUCUCCUUCCUCAGACAGCAUGAAAUUAGUUCAACUUGAAAAUUCACUGAAGCUUUAUUUCAACUAAGUCACAAGACAGCCUGAAAAAUGGUACCUUAAUGCUGGUUAAAGGUUGUGUUCGCAAAAAUAAAUGCAAAUUAACCUUCAUUUUUCAACAGGGUUGAGAUUAUUCUUGCUCCUAGAAAAUUUCAGUAUACUGCAUGUGACAAAAAUGUACUGAAGUGAACGAGAGUGUUAUCCUCUCUUUCAGAAUCUACUACUCUGAAUAUAUGUAGCUUGGGGACACAGUCACCUUGCGGCUGUUAGAAUGUCGUCUUUAACCUUUUUCGAAGGCUUUAAGUAAUCUGUCCUUCAUAGAAAAUACAAAUUUGCAUUACAAAGUGCUCCCAGUGCUUAAUUUGGAUUUUCAAGUGUUUAGAAUUUAUUACACUGUGUUCACUUCCUUUCUGUUUAUUUAGAUAACUAUGGGCAGAAAGGGUGUCUCACUGAGGUGCAACACUGUCAUUUUUAUCCAUUUGUUUUUCUGUUCAACAAGUCAAAAUUGUACCUUCUGCUAAAAGGCAUCUUCGCAAUCUGAACUGUUUUGAAGUUUAUAUGCUUUCUGGUGACUGCAGUAUUCAUCGGAAUAAAACCAUGUAGUACGGAUCACAAAAUAGCUUGUUACUGUAUUGACAAAUACACUCGCAGACCAGUUUUGAACAGAUCUGCAAAACUAGGCUGAAUCCUCCAGUCUUUCUAACUCUUAGUACAUGUCCAAGUGGUUCAGUAGUUUCAACCUAUACCUGCAGCAGAUGAUGCAUUUGGUGCAAGAGGUUAUUUACUGUUCAACAGACAACUAAGCCAACAGAUCCUGAAUGAAGUUUUGACUUGUUUGCUGUUUUCUAUUAUGUUCAAGUUCUUAGGUGCAAACUGUACUGAUUUUGUUCCUUUUUCAGCAUUGCAGAAAACCAGUUCAAUGGAUAAUUUAUUUACAUCUGUCAAAUUUCUUAGGCAGUGAUACUUUUCCAAUUCACUUUAAAUUUGAUUGUUAAAGUAAUUUUUUGUAGAGAUUGCUGAGUUGGCCGAAAUUUAAGUAUACAAGUCAUCGGGGCACUGUUUACCAGCUUCUUUGCUGCCUUACACUGCCUUAUUUCCUGCACUGUAUCAUCUCAUUUUGAUUACUGUAAAGAUUGAUAUCGUAAAAUGAUUUUGUUAAUCAUCUAUAAAAUGGAGUUAGUGAAAGAUGUUGUUCAACCGAAAGGUUAUUCAGCUGCUGUUUUGACUACACCUGGUAGCCAUCUGUUAACUAAGGAUUGGAUCUUUUAAAAAUUGUAACAAAUUUUAAUGUAACAUGUUGAAUUCUGCUUUGACAACAGAAAAGAUAUGCUGUUGUAUCGUAUUUGCAUCAAUAAAUAAAAUGUUUCUUCAGUA